AUGUAUAAAGGCGAGGUUAACGUGCAAUAUUGUCAGCUUUCGGCUUUACUUAAAACGGCCGAAUCGUUAAAAGUGAAGGGUUUAGCAGAAAUGACAAAUCAGAAUACAACAUUACGAGAACCAGAACGCGAACCAGAUCGCCUCAGACCACACUCACAGCCUAGCAAAAGUACUUGUGACAGUCCUGUCGAUGCAGCAUUAACUGGACCCUCUACAUCAACUGCAACAAAUGCUUGCCUAACGAGCGCAACACAUACCGCCACCACAAAUUCAGCUAAUACAAAUACCGCAACACUAGCAAAUGCCAUACACAGUAGCGCGCACAAACGUGAAGCAAUCGAACGCUGCAGUCCUUCACCACCAAAACGUCUACAAACCGCAACAACAACAACAGCAACUGCAGCACUCGAACACGACAGACAACCGCAACCGUUAGAUUUAUAUCAAGGACGUAUCGAUACGAUUGAGGAGAGCGGCAGCGGUAGUAUAAGCGUUAUAAGUGGUGAUAGAGCGCGCGCAAAUGAAACGAACAAUGUUAGUAACAGUUGCACUAGCAGCAACAACAACAAUAAUAACCAGCAACAACAUCGCAGUAAUACGCCACAUGGUAGUGGGACCAGUAACGCCUAUAAUAAUGGCGAUGAGCGUGAGUUUUUAAGUUCACCCACACGUUCGGCCACCUGUAGUUUGCAGGAUGAAGCGGAUAUUGGUGUAGCAUUAACAAAAAUUGAAGAUGUCGAUGAUUAUGAUGAGGAUAUGGACUUAGAAGAGGACGCUGAUAAUAGUUCGAAUGAAGUAGGCUUAAAUAUGAAAAUUGGUAGUUGUCAUGCUAGCACUGCAGCUGUUGUACCAUCACCACUUGGCGGCAUUGGUAAUGCAGGUGUGGCUGAGCCAGAAUCUGCACGUUCAACACCUGCCGCUACAAUGAAUACAGCUAACUUGCCCUCAGAUCUAACACAACGUCCGGCAUCGCGCAGUUCACGUGAUGGUGCCGUCAGUGUUAGUAGUAGCGCGCAUACCUCCACACUGGAACGUCCAAGCAGUAGUGGCAUGUGCGGUCUACCAACUGCAACGGCUAUCUCAAUUGCCGGCGGCCUAAGUCCAUCUGCGGCAAGUGCGUCUGGCUUAGGCAGUGAAACGCUGCCUGGCACUUCUGGGCUCGGGCCUGUGCAAUCGGUGCCGCUGUCACUGAAAAAGGAAAUUGAUAUCAGCGAAGACGAUAAUAGCAACAGUCGACAUCCACGCUCAGCUUCGGCUGGCGGUGGUUUGGGUGGUGGCGAACUCGACUAUCGCGCCUCGCACGAAUCGUUUAUGCAAAAUAUCGUAUUUCCGAAAUUGCUUACAUUUUAG